AUGUCACCCGAAGGUUGCAUGAGGGCUGGGAUACUGCCAGGUUGCCCAGGCCAAGACAGGAGAAAUCGAGAGGCAGCGGUCAGGUUCGAACAACGGACCUUCCGGCCUGAAGACAACAUGUUGGAGGAGCGUCAGCUGACCUUAGAAUUCCGAUACAAGGUGACGACGGUGGAAGUAAGCUUCGCAUCACCGCAACGAUUAGACAAUCUCAACAAUCCGCACAGCAUGCAUUCCUAA